CGUCUUUCUCUGUCUCGGCUGAGGUAGCCAUCUUGCUCUUGCCGCGUGCUGGUGUUGGAGGACCCUCCCUGCUUCAGAUUUACCAACAGCAUGAAUCAAGAAAAGUUAGCCAAACUUCAGGCUCAGGUCCGGAUAGGGGGCAAGGGUACAGCUCGCAGAAAGAAGAAGGUGGUACAUAGAACAGCCACAGCUGAUGACAAAAAGCUUCAGAGUUCUCUAAAAAAACUGGCUGUGAAUAAUAUAGCUGGUAUUGAAGAGGUGAACAUGAUUAAAGAUGAUGGGACAGUUAUUCAUUUCAACAAUCCCAAAGUCCAAGCUUCCCUUUCUGCUAAUACCUUUGCAAUUACUGGUCAUGCAGAAGCCAAACCAAUCACAGAAAUGCUUCCUGGAAUAUUAAGUCAGCUUGGUGCUGACAGUUUAACAAGCCUUAGGAAGUUAGCUGAACAGUUCCCACGGCAAGUCUUGGAUAGUAAAGCACCAAAACCAGAAGACAUUGAUGAGGAAGAUGAUGAUGUUCCAGAUCUUGUAGAAAAUUUUGAUGAGGCAUCAAAGAAUGAAGCUAACUAAAAGUUUGGUUUUUGGAAGCUGGCAUGGACUAGAUUUAACAAAUCAGCUAUGUGGUUCCAAAGUUUUACAGACACAGAGAACAUCACCUGUUACUAGUUCAGUAAUAUAAAUAUUUUGUAUAUUAAUAAUGCUGUUUGUUCAGCAUUUUUCGGUCAUUUGAUUUUGCAUUUUGCACUUCCUCCCAGGAUAUUUUUUUGGUCAAAAUAUGAAGUAUUGGUGCAGUUUGAGGGUGUUUUGGUUUUUGAUUCCUGGUUUUUUUGUUUUUUUGUUUUUUUGUUUGGGGUAUUUUUGGUGUAUGUAUGUUUAUGUAUGUGUGUGGGUAUGUGUGUAUACAGUGGAGAGCAAAUUGGAAAACAGUUCUAUUUAUCCUCCUCCCUCCCCAGUAGAAAUAAAAAAAGUCUUUACAUUUGUUACUUUUCUUUUCCCCUCGUAAGACACAGAAUUAAUGGAAAGUGAGUAUCUUGGAUUUCAGAUCUGAAGAGAUUUUUACCAUUAGUGGUUUGAUUUUAAUUUGCUUGGCUAACUAUCAUAUUUUUCAUACACUUCUCUGGAUUUAAAAUAUCUUGAGGUAUUUUGCCACUGGCUUCAUGCUGGAGUAAUGGGUAACAUAUCUUUGGUAUGGUUGCCUUAGAUUAACUUACCUAGUCAGACCCAGAAGAACUUCUUUUACUAGCUUGCUUCCUAAAUGCCUUUUUUCCUCUCCUUUUGGUCUCCAAAUGGCCUGGUCAGCUUUUGGUAAUAUUCUUCCUCAUCUUCCACCUAGCUUGAGAAGGAUGUUCUCCAUAUAGAGUUAAGCGAGUGCCUAAUCCCUCCUUUUGUAAGAUUUUGUUCCCUCAUCUUGAGGAACAACUUCAUCUUCAACUUUUUAUUUCUCCCUGAUGUUACAGUUUGGUAGAUUUCAAACUGGAAUAGCUAGCAUGUGCUUGCUAAAUAAUUUUAUGUCAGCCUUAUCCUGUAUCCUAGCUGUUCUUAAUAGCAGGUACAAAAAUGCCUGUUUUUCAGCAAGGUUAAAAUUGGGAAUGUCCUUUUGAAUCAGAAGAAAAUAGGCCAUAGACUCACCCCCCAGCACAAAUGGGCAUUCUAUGAAAUGGUACUGGCCCUAGGAGGAUUUCCUCAACCACUCUCCUACUCUUGGCCUUGAACCUACCUCUGGGUUGGAUCUUACUAUUGUAGCUGCUCACUGUACCCUCCUGCAUGCUUAGAAUAAUGCUUUGGGGGGAGCACUGGUAAAACACAGUAUUUAUUUUUUUACCUCCUUUAAGAGGACUUGGAGGUAAGUUGCAUUCAUUCACUCAAGUUUCCCUCUUGCUGUCUAAUAGAAGCUUACUUUUUGCUAUAUCAGCAUUUGUUACAGCCAAUAUUUAAGGACAAAAUUUAGAAAAUAUAUCAUUUCCUGGCCCAUCAUCAAACUAAUACAGCUUAACCUUGCAGCUACCAACUUUUGUGUCAAGCUAGAUAUCUUUAUUUGAUAUCUAAGGUGCAAGACCAACAAUAUAUUAAGAGAUCUGUAGACAUGAAGGCAAAGCUCUUGUAUUUUUUUCAUCCAAACACCUCAAUUUAUUUUAUAAAUUCGUUCAUUUUUCCUGUUAUGUUUUAUAUAAUAUAUGGACUAAACAAAAUAAAAUAACAGUACAAAAGAGGA